AUGAUAUCGGUCUUCAUCAAUGCCCCCGUCGACCACUGGUGUGCGACCCCCGAUUGGGGUCCUAGGUGUAAGCAAUAUGGGUUGUCAGAGGAAGCUUGUGAACUAGCCCAGAAGGAAGGUAGUAUCCCAUCAAACUACACGUCAGAUGGGGAGCUGGAGUACGCACAAUGUGAGAAAUAUAACGUGUCAGGAGUGGGAUUCUGGCCUGGGAUUGAUCCAUCCAAUUACAGCAGCGGAACGAUGUCAUGUGACAGUGGAUGGGUGUACGAUGACAGCCAAUACAACACGACUACAGUAUCGGAUUUUGAUCUUGUAUGUGGUAAUGGUGACCUUACCCAAGUAUCUCAGUCUAUAUACUACGGUGGAACUUUAGCAGGAUCUAUCUUCUUCGGUAUCCUGUCGGACGUGAUUGGACGCUGGUGGACUCUCCUGCUUACUAACCUCGUAUCGCUUGUUUCUGGAGUUGUGAUUGUCUUUUCACCCAACUGGUGGUUCUUUGCCACUAUGCGUUUCUUCAUGGGUUUUGGAAACAUUCCUUUCAAGCUAACCUUGUAUGUUAUAGGGACGGAGUACAUUGGGCCAUCAAAACGAUCCUUGGUGAUUCUUAUCACAAUCAGCUACGCUGUCGGCUACAUGUUUCUCGCUCUACCGGCCUAUUACAUCCGCUCCUGGCGUCUUCUAACGCUAACCAUGACGCUGCCUCUAUUCUGGCUACCUGAGUCUGCAAGAUGGCUUAUCUCCGUUGGGAAAUACGACAAGGCUGAAAAAGUUAUUACAAAGGUAGCCGAAGUUAACAAGGUCGAACUGCAGAAGCCCCUGUUUACCAAAGAAUUCAUGGAAGAGCAGGAACGAAUCCGCAAGGAACAUAGACCCACAGGUCUCGAUUUGAUCCGCACACCCAGGAUGAGAAUGCGAACCAUCAACCUUGUCUUUAUAUGGAUGGUGACCGGCAUGGUGUAUCACGGCCUGUCUUUGAAUAGCUCAAAUCUUGGCACCAACAACUACGUCGCUUUUGCCAUUACGGGUGGUAUCGAGAUCCCGGCCUACAUCAUGGAUAUUUUCAUCGUAGAGUUCUUUGGCCGGAGGUUAAGUCUUUUCUUCUGUUUGAUGCUGGGUGGGGUAGCUUGCCUGUCAACUGCAUUUAUUCCCACCGGCGUUGCCCUGACAACUGUUGCUAUGAUAGGAAAGUUCGGGAUCUCCGGCGCGUUUGCAAUCAUAUUUCUCUACACCGUGGAGCUUUACCCAACAAAUAUAAGGGGCAUUGCCAUGGGCAGCUGCUCUAUGUUCUCCCGGGUAGCGACCAUAUCAGCACCUCUUGUCCUCAUCCUCGCAAAAUAUUGGGACCCACUUCCUAUUGUCAUCUACGGUUCGCUAUCCGUCAUCGCUUCACUGUCUGCUCUUGCCUUGCCAGAGACUCGAGGAAAGAAACUCCCAGAGACGCUGGAAGAAGGAGAACAGUUUGGUAUGAAGUAA